AAUUGAACGAAGUGAUUUUCCGUCUGUGGACAUUUUCACUUUAGACGGGGAGAUUACCUGCGAGUACUUCUGCGACGUAAUUUAUUGUGGAAAAGUGUGCAGUUUGACGUGUGUUUAGAAAUAAUCUAAAGUAUCGCAAGCUUGUGAUCUAACGCUACGAAAGUAAACGUAUAGCUCGGUUUUACCUUAGUAAACAGAGGAAAGGAGAAAAAAUGAAAUUCCAAUAUAAGGAAGAGCACCCCUUCGAAAAAAGGCGUGCGGAAGGUGACAAAAUUAGGAGGAAAUAUCCAGACAGAGUGCCAGUCAUCGUAGAAAAGGCCCCAAAAGCGAGAAUUGGUGAUUUAGAUAAGAAAAAGUAUUUGGUGCCCUCUGAUUUGACUGUAGGACAGUUCUAUUUCUUAAUUCGUAAACGUAUUCAUUUACGUCCAGAGGAUGCUCUCUUUUUCUUCGUAAAUAAUGUCAUUCCCCCGACAUCAGCGACAAUGGGAUCAUUAUACCAGGAACACCACGAAGAAGAUUAUUUCCUUUACAUUGCGUACUCUGACGAGAAUGUGUAUGGGAAGUUCUAAUCUAAUCAAUGCAAUUUAUUUUUAUCAUAAUUGUUUUUUUCACGCCGAUCUAUAAGUUUAACUACUUCUCUAACCGUAUAAAUUUGCAGUUUCGGGUCUUAUUUCUUUCAAUGUAAAUCUACAGAAAUAAAAGAAAACGUUUUCAGCAAAGAAAUGUUUAGUAAAUUAGGCUUAAGACAGUCCAACGUGUCCACGUACUGGAAAUUCAGAAAAUCAAAUACAAAAUACAUGUGUUUUUCAUUUAAUUGGGAGAGUACAAGUGAAAUUUAUUGAUUCGAUUCAAGUCAUUUGAGAUUCGUGAAGUGAACUCCUGUUUUACGUUUGCUAUUUUAACUUUUUGUAUAAAGAAAUUAUUUGUGUCCAGCUUGUUCUCCCAUUUGUUUUCAAUAUCCAUGGUUAGAUGUUGGUAAUGAAAGAAUUACUAGUAGAAAGCUGGGAGAUUAUGGAGAAUUUGGUAUAACAUGCAAUAUGUGUAUUUACUUUAGAAAUUAUUUAUAUACAAAGCGUAUGUAUUAUUAAAUAUUAGGUUAAA